AUGGCUUCGGUGUUGGAGGAGUUGCAGAAAGACCUAGAAGAGGUAAAGGUCUUGUUGGAAAAGUCCAUUAGGAAAAGAGUGCGUGAUGCCCUUACAGUUGAAAAAGACAAGAUUGAGACAGAAAUAAAGAACAAGAUGCAGCAGAAAUCACGGAAGAAACCAGAACUUGUUGACAGUGAAAAGCCAGCUGCUGUGGUUGCUCCUCUUACAACAGGAUAUACAGUGAAGAUCAGUAAUUAUGGAUGGGAUCAGUCAGAUAAGUUUGUGAAAAUCUACAUUACCUUAACUGGAGUUCACCAGGUUCCCAUUGAGAACGUGCAAGUGCAUUUCACUGAGAGAUCAUUUGAUCUUUUGGUGAAGAAUCUAAAUGGGAAGAAUUACUCCAUGAUUGUGAACAAUCUUUUGAAACCCAUCUCUGUGGAAGGCAGUUCAAAAAAAGUCAAGACUGUCACAGUUAUCUUAUGUAGAAAGAAAGCAGCAAACACACGAUGGGACUACUUGACUCAAGUUGAGAAGGAGUGCAAAGAAAAACAAAAGCCCUCCUAUGACAAUGAAACAGAUCCCAGUGAGGGAUUAAUGAAUGUCCUAAAGAAAAUUUAUGAAGAUGGACACAAUGAUAUGAAGCGAACCAUUAAUAAAGCCUGGGUGGAAUCAAGAGAGAAGCAAGCCAAGGGAGAGACAGAAUUUUAAGACUUCAGUUUUGGGGAAC